GCCAGGUACGAUGGCAGAGAAGGUGCUGGUGACGGGCGGGGCUGGCUACAUCGGCAGUCACACUGUGCUGGAGCUGCUGGAGGCCGGCUAUUUGCCCGUGGUCAUCGACAACUUCCACAACGCCAUCCGUGGAAGGGGCUCCAUGCCUGAGAGCCUGCAGCGGGUUCAAGAGCUUACAGGCCGCUCUGUGGAGUUUGAGGAGAUGGACAUCUUGGACCAGGCAGCCCUACAGCGUCUCUUUAAGAAGCACAGCUUUACGGCAGUCAUCCACUUUGCGGGCCUCAAGGCAGUGGGAGAGUCCGUGCAGAAGCCUCUGGAUUAUUACAAAGUUAACCUGACUGGAAGCAUCCAGCUCUUGGAGAUCAUGAGGGCCCACGGGGUGAAGAACCUGGUGUUCAGCAGCUCAGCCACCGUGUACGGGAACCCACAGUACCUGCCCCUGGAUGAGGCCCACCCCACGGGUGGCUGUACCAACCCCUACGGCAAGUCUAAGUUCUUCAUCGAGGAAAUGAUCCGGGACCUGUGCCGGGCAGACAAGACCUGGAACGCGGUGCUGCUGCGGUACUUCAACCCCAUAGGCGCCCAUGCCUCGGGCUGCAUUGGCGAGGAUCCCCAGGGCAUCCCCAACAACCUCAUGCCUUAUGUCUCCCAGGUGGCGAUCGGGCGCCGGGAGGUACUGAAUGUCUUUGGCAGCGACUAUGACACGGAGGAUGGUACAGGUGUCCGGGAUUAUAUCCAUGUUGUGGAUCUGGCCAAGGGCCACAUCGCGGCCUUGAGGAAGCUGAAGGAGCAGUGUGGCUGUCGGAUCUACAACCUGGGCACAGGCACGGGCUAUUCAGUGCUACAGAUGGUCCAGGCCAUGGAGAAGGCUUCUGGCCAGAAGAUCCCAUACAAGGUGGUGGCACGGCGGGAAGGCGAUGUGGCUGCCUGUUAUGCCAACCCCAGCCUGGCCCUCAAGGAGCUGGGCUGGACAGCAGUCUUAGGGCUGGACAGGAUGUGUGAAGAUCUGUGGCGCUGGCAGAAGCAGAAUCCUUCAGGCUUUGGUGCACAGGCCUGAGACCCUCCCCUACCAUGCACCGGGAAAGGUCCAGCCUCUGGUGGGAACCCAGGGGUCUCAGCCUCCCCUACCUCAAACCCCAGCUGGGCCUUCUCAGCCUACCAGGCACGAAGCCAAGGGUUCCACUGAUCAGGAGCUGGGGGGGGGUCCGUAACUCUUCUCUACAGCAGGGUCCAGGAACCCAUCAGGACCACCAGAAGUAAAUGGGGGAGCAGCGGGGCCCAAAACAGGCACUAAUUUAUACUGCUCUGAAAGAGCUUUCCGAAGUAUUUAAAAUAAAAGUUUUCUAACGCUGA